ACCACGUUCCCUGUGCAGAAGUUGGAGAGGCUGGAGAUUCUAGCCCAAACGCUCUCCGUGAAGUUCGACCAGGAGCUCUCUAAAGUCAGCAAGUAUACCAAAGCCAUCGAAAUCUAUGAGCAAAAGAUCCUGAACCUAACUCUUAAGGUCGAGGCCAUGGAGAAGACCAGCAUUUCUUACACUGAGCUGGACUUUCAGUUGGUGAAACUUGAAAUCGCUGAAAUGGAUAAACUGGUCACCCAGCUGAAGAGCACGCUAACCGGGAGCAACGUGAUUGUCGAGCAGCUGUACGAAGAGAUUAAGAAUAUGAGCCUCAUGGUGAAUGCACUGGAAACCCUGGACAAGCACAACAUCCUGGCAAUCCGCCGAGAAAUCGUGGCUCUCCAGAGUAAACUGAAGGAGUGUGAAAGGGACAAAAACCAGACCGGCAACAGCAUUCCCUACUUCCCCCCUGGAAGCUGCAAUCAUGGUGGAAUCCUGAACAUCAGCCAGCCCUAUGUGAUUCAGCUGAACUGGAGAGGAUUUGCCUACAAAUAUGGAGCCUGGGGAAGGGAUUACUCUCCCCUUUACCCCGAGAAAGAUCUCUUCUGGGUUGCUCCACUGAAUACUGAUGGGAGAUACAUGGAAUAUUAUAGACUUCACCGUUCCUAUGACGAUUUGCUGCUCUACAAAAACGCAAAGGAUUAUCGAAUCCAGUACGGAGAAGGGAGUGGUACAGCCGUCUACAAAAAUUACAUGUAUUUUAACUCACAUAGUUCAAGAGAUAUGAGUAAGCUGGAUUUAAACACAAACACUGUUGUGCUGAAAAAAACUCUUCCGGGGGCUGCCUAUAACAAUCGGUUCUCCUACGCGGGCGUAUCCUGGCAAGAUAUGGAUUUUGCCGUGGAUGAGGAUGGGCUGUGGGUGAUUUACUCCACAGAAGCCAGCACCGGUAACAUUGUGAUCAGCAGACUCAACGAGACAACUCUGGAAGUGCUCAAUACGUGGCAAACAAAACAGUACAAGCCGUCCGUAUCGAGCGCUUUCAUUGUGUGUGGGGUGCUGUACGCCACGAGGACAGUCAAUACCAGGAAAGAGGAAAUCUUUUACACUUACGACACAAACACAGGGGAAGAAGGCAGGAUGAGCAUCAUUAUAGAUAAAGUGAUGGAAACAAUUCAGAGCAUUAACUACAGCCCCGGCGAUCAGAAACUGUACGUGUACAACGACGGCUACCUUCUGUCGUAUAAUCUAUUUUUCCAGCCUCAUCGGCUGUUAUAA